GCAUAGUAAACGUCAAAGCUGAUCUGUUGUGUAUAUACAGGUGUGUUUGCGUUUGUUUGUCGCCGCCCAGAAAGCAUCUCUUCCUAGUUCUCUACUCUACUUUUAUAAAAGAAGAAAAGAAAAGCUGUGGCUCCCGUUCUAGUCAUCAGAUUAAUCACCCACUUUGAAUUGUUUGCGCCUGUCAAAUCGCGGCGAUCGUCACGAAAAGUGGCGACACACGGGAAAAGGCGUUGCAAUUGAAUACGCGAAGACUUCCUUUUCUUCCUCUCUACACAUUUCGAAAGAAAAGAGUCGACCUACAGAAGAGAGAAUGACGAACAACGGUGGCGGCAACGCCAGUUUUAGCUCAUCGGCCAACGGGGUCCAACUCGUCUCCACCCAGCGCGGCCGCAAGGUCUACAAGGUUCGGGGGCAGAACUUCGACAUCGAGGACACGUACACCGUCACCAGUGUGAUUGGUCAUGGUGCGUACGGCAUCGUGUGCGCCGCGUUGGACGACCGCACGUUUCAAGAGGUCGCCAUCAAGCGGGUGAGCCGCGUCUUUGAAGAUUUAAUUGAUGGCCGCCGCAUCUGGCGUGAGAUUCUAGUGCUGCGUGUGUUGAAGGAAUGCGGGUGUCGCAACAUUCUUCGGCUGAUCCGUGUGCUGCCGCCCCGCGACGCCAUCACAGAGUUUCGCGACCUGUACAUGGUCACCGACCUCUACGACGUGGAUCUUUUCUCCAUUAUUCGGCAGAACAAAACGGAGUCGCUCGAUAUGCUGCGCCGCGUUAGUGUGCGCGUGCUGCGCUGCUUAGCGGAUAUGCACUCCAUGGGAAUGGUCCACCGCGACAUCAAGCCCAGCAACAUUCUGCUGCGUGAUGAGAAGGACUCGGAGGAGGCCAUUGUGUGUGACUUUGGACUGGCGAGGGCGGGGCUGAACAACCUGAAAGAACCUUUAGAUCUGACGGACUACGUUGUGACGCGCUGGUACCGCCCGCCGGAGCUGCUGCUGAUGUGUCCGUACAGUUACCCGAUUGACGUGUGGGCUGUCGGUUGCGUGAUGGCCGAGUACGUGACGCAGCGACCCCUCUUUGCAGGCCGCGACUACAUCCACCAGCUGCAGUUUGUGCUGUCGAGUAUUCCAAUUACCGGCGUGGAGUUCAUCGAGCGCAGCAGCAGCAGAUCAGGCCUGGCAAAUAUGAACGAAAUCGCGAAGAAGUACAAAGGCACGCGGCCACUGCCACAACUGCUGUCGAAGCUGCCGAAGGACGGUUUGGACUUGGUGACGAAGAUGUUAGCCUUUGAGCCGGACAAGCGCAUUACAGCCCAGCAGGCGCUGCAGCACCCUUUCUUCAGCAGCGUGGGCGGUGCGGACUGCAAGAGCUAUCCGUCGCCGCCGGUGCUGGAUCUUGGGUUCGACAUGCACGCGGAGAUCUCCGAGUACCAGCUGCGCCGCGCCAUCUGGGAUGAAAUGGAGUACUACAAAAAGGAGCUAAAGAAAAAGUAA